AUGAGGAGCUGCUGAUCGAGCGCAGCAUCCACAAAGGAACCAUCAACCCUGGAGAGGAGAAGCAGACGGUGGAGUACAAGAGCCUGAUCGCCAGACUGGAGUACACCAUCCGAGUGCGCUGCGACGAGCACUACUACGGCAGCAAGUGCAACAAAGUGUGUCGUCCCCGCGAUGACUACUUUGGCCACUACGUGUGCGAUCAGCAGGGAAACCGAGGCUGCAUGGAGGGUUGGACCGGGCCCGACUGCAAGACAGCCAUCUGCAAACAAGGAUGCAGCGUCCUGCACGGGACGUGCAGCGUCCCGGGGGAAUGCAA